AUGGCUCCUCCUCUCGAUGGAAGCCCUGACUCUGUCAAGGGUCGUACGGUCAAGCUACCCUUCAACUUGCUCUGGGAAUCGCUCGUCGAGAAGACUACCAAGCCCGACCGCUACUUACCUGUUCGCGACGUGACUUGUCGUGACAAUGAAGACGGGUCCAUCUACCGCGAGAUGAGACUUCCUGGUAAAGAUGGUUCACAGGGAAUUGUCAUGAAGGAGAAUAUCUACCACGAUGAACAGACCAAGACUGUCGAGUUUCGCAAUGUCGAUGACGCAAACUUCGUUGUCGUCAAUCGCUAUGUAGACCUCGGAGACGGUGCAGGCGGGUACAUUGAGUACUUUGUCAAGGAUAGCGAAGGCAAGAUGCUGGGCUGGAUGAAGGGUGGACGAGAUGGCGCUGGUGAGGCCAUCGAAAAACACUAUCGCUAUGCUGAAGAGAAGGAAGCCGCCAAAAAGGCUUGA